CACCUUGGGUCCUUCGCUGCUUCUAGGCGCCAGUCGCCCUCUUGGGUUCUAGUUAGCAGCCUAACCGGAUAACUAUGGAUUCUGAUAAAUAAACGUGGAAAGUGAUUUUACAACUACUUUUGAAGACUUUUUAAAGACUCGGUACAAGACGAAGAAUUAGCCAUGAAUCUGGAGUUGCUUGAAUCAUUUGGGCAGAAUUAUCCAGAGGAGGCUGAUGGCACCCUGGACUGCAUCAGCAUGGCCCUCACCUGCACCUUCAACCGCUGGGGGACGCUGCUCGCUGUGGGCUGCAAUGAUGGCCGCAUUGUCAUCUGGGACUUUCUCACACGUGGCAUUGCCAAGAUCAUCAGCGCCCAUAUACACCCGGUGUGCUCGCUCUGCUGGAGUAGAGAUGGUCACAAGCUUGUCAGUGCUUCCACGGAUAACAUUGUGUCCCUGUGGGACGUCCUCACUGGCGAUUGUGAUCAGAGGUUCCGGUUCCCGUCACCAAUCCUCAAAGUGCAGUACCACCCACGUGACCCGAACAAAGUUCUGGUGUGCCCCAUGAAGUCGGCCCCAGUACUGCUUACGCUGGCUGAUUCGAAGCACGUGGUCCUACCCGUGGAUGACGACUCGGACCUCAAUGUAGUGGCAGCUUUUGACCGGCGUGGAGAGUACAUCUACACUGGCAAUGCCAAGGGAAAGAUUCUGGUGUUAAAGACGGACAACCAGGACCUGGUGGCUUCCUUCAGGGUGACGACGGGAACGAGCAACACCACUGCUAUCAAAUCUAUCGAGUUUGCGCGAAAGGGCAGUUGUUUCCUCAUCAACACGGCCGACCGCAUCAUCCGUGUGUAUGACGGCCGGGAGAUCCUCACCUGCGGCCGUGACGGCGAGCCAGAGCCCAUGCAGAAGCUGCAGGACCUGGUGAACAGGACUCCCUGGAAGAAGUGCUGCUUUUCCGGAGAUGGCGAGUACAUUGUGGCCGGCUCGGCCCGCCAGCACGCGCUCUACAUUUGGGAGAAGAGCAUUGGCAACCUGGUGAAGAUCCUGCAUGGCACCCGUGGGGAGCUUCUGCUGGACGUGGCGUGGCACCCAGUAAGACCCAUCAUUGCUUCCAUCUCCAGUGGGGUCGUGUCCAUCUGGGCCCAAAACCAAGUGGAAAACUGGAGUGCCUUCGCACCCGACUUCAAAGAGCUGGACGAGAACGUGGAGUAUGAGGAGAGAGAGUCAGAGUUCGACAUCGAGGACGAGGACAAGAGUGAGCCUGAGCAGACGGGUGCAGACGCUGCUGAGGAUGAGGAGGUGGACGUGACCUCAGUUGACCCUAUCGUGGCUUUCUGUAGCAGCGAUGAAGAGCUUGAGGACUUCAAGGCCCUGCUGUACCUGCCCAUUGCCCCCGAGGUGGAAGACCCUGAGGAAAACCCCUUUGGGCCCCCGCCUGAAUCCAACACGGAAGAUGGCCCUGCCCAUUCUGGGAGCGGCGAUAAGAAGCAGCGGCAGCCCUCUGCGGAAGGAGCCCCCCCCAAGAAAAAGGCCCGCACCACCACCAUAGAGCUGCAGGGCGUCCCCAGCGAUGAAGUGCACCCCCUGCUGGGAGUGAAAGGUGACAGCAAGUCCAAGAAGAAGGCAGCAGGGCGGCCCAAAGGAUCAAAAGGUAAAGAGAGAGAUUCCCCCUUUAAAAGCAAGCCCUUCAAGGGGGAGAGGGUCUUCCCUCUGGAAGGAGGAGCAGCGAAGGGCAAAGUGCAGGCAGAGCCGGGACAGCUGACAGCAGGUAAGGACCCCAAGGACUGCAAGGCUUCAUUAGAUGCUUGCUUCUCAGCGGCCCCCGAUUUUUCCACCAUAUUUUCUCACCAAAGCUGACGGCUAAUCCAGCGCUCCUGCUAUAAACCAAAACCUAGUCUGUCUCUGAUUGUAUACUUUGUUAAAACAAAGAAUAUGUCAGGCACAGAUUAUAACCAUUGUCUGCUUAAUGUUAUUUAUACUAACAAUGUUUCAUUAAUUAUCCCACUUGGUUAUGGAUAUUAUCAUAAGUGUGGAUGUUGUGGUGAUAAAUUUGAGAGGACUGAAGCAACAUUGCCACCGUGUCUGAUGUAAGAUGUAAAAUACAAUAAAUUAAGUUUAUUUUUUAAUUUUAAUUUUUUUUUUUAACGUCAGAUUUUAAGCUUAAUAAGCAGUUUACUGGGGGUCUUGGGAUACUUCAGUCAUUGGCUAAGUUCCUCUUCUGACAGCUGACAUGCAGUGAAAGGGGCAUUUCCUUCACCACGAAUCCACCUGCCCUCUGCUCGUCCACUUUGCGUGUCACUUCCUGUGACUGGUCCUGUCUACUUCCUGCUUGCUCAUUGCCCUUCCUGCUCCGCUCCUACAGUGCUGAGCCUCUACAGCGUGUUCCGCUAGAAGCCCGUGGGACAUACGGGUCUGUGUUUGCCUGUAUAUGUCUCUGUGUAUAUAUGUGUUUAAUACAUCAUUGCUUUUACAUUGCUGGGAUUCUUCUCAUGUGUAUGGGACUGGUAUUAGGACCAAGUGCAUCAUUUCCUACUACUGAGCACAGUGAACUGUUUUACUUUAGUGGUAUAAUUAGAUAUGGUCAGUUUCUGAUUGAUAUUGUAAUGAAUUUUAUGCUAUAGUUUUGUAGCAGAUGAUCAGAUCUCAGAUUAUAACAAAGUUUUUAAUCAAAUCUUUUUCUUUGCAUGGUGGAGAUGCAUGACUCUAUAGACCUGUGAGAUACAUUUUGCUCCUGCCAGCUACUUAAAAUAAGCCAAAACGAAAACCUUGUGUAGUAAUUACAGUUUAAAGUGUUGAAGAGGGAAAUCAUUUCCAAAUGAGUCCAGAAGAUGGAGCUGUUAUCCACUGUAAGACCAAACUGUAUGGCAGAUAGAAUGUUAUGCAAGGUGACAUAAAAUAUAAAUGAAUGUACAUAUGGAGCAUUACUUUUUUACCAGGCAGAGACCUUUAUAUAUAUUUAAAAAUGCAUAUUACUAAUAUUUGUGUAUUGCCACCAUGGUACAUUGUAUUGCAGUGUUGAUUCUUAUAUUCUUAUAUGGAUGCAGCGAUAUUGGCAGAGCAGGCUGCUGUGAAGCACUGACUGCACCAUUAAACCAGCUUUGAAUGCCCAUUCCACCCCCCCAGCUGUCGCCAGGGUGCAUUAUAGUGGACAAAUGACCCCCUCCCCCCCCCAUUGUUCCUCUUACUUGUCUCUGCAGGCAGGACAUACCAAGAGCACCUCUAGGUUAGAAGCCAGAAGGGAGUGUACUUUAGGCUGUAAAUAGCAGUUUGGUGACACGGCUGUGCAGAGAUCCGGAAGGACUUCUCUCUCGCUUGCUGCUUGUCCUGAGUCAUACAUAGCAAGCAAAAUAAUACUCUCCCACUCUAGAGCAACAUGAUGACAUUUAACCAUGAGACUGAAUGUAUUUGCUGUGUGUGUCCUGGCCCCGUACCAUCCAGUAUCGAUGUGUAGUGGUUCCAUAUCUUCUUGUACAUGCUUGUAAUUUUUGCCAUUAUUUACAUAUCAUGAAUUUAUUGCAUCCAGGAACACGUCAUCGCUAAUUUAUUAUUUACUGGGCUUCUGGUGCUUUUUAUGGGUUAGGAAUGUCGUGUUUUUACUUUCACUGUAUUGCUCUGCUGUGUCUCCUCAGUAUGUGUCACUUUGAUCUAAUGAUGAUGUUGACACAAUUUUGCAGGGAGUUUGGUGCCACCAGCAUACAAACAGCACGAAGUCCAGGGCUUGGACUGAGUCUGAACACCUGCGGGAGCAGGGGGGUCACGCUGGCUACCUCACCCCCCCCCAAACCCCUCUCCUCAGCAGUGCUCUCUGGGCCCCAUUGCUGAUCGAUUCUCAGCACCUCCACCCCCCAGACAGCGUUCAGCAGGGGAUGCCUGUGUUCAGCUCAUGGCAGUCUUUUGGUCAGGGUGGGUCAGGGAGGUGUGGAAGAACCUGUUGCUUGCCACACAUGGACACUUGGGGCCCCUCCCCUGAUGCCACGUCGCUCUUUGCUGCGCUCCCUCCGGAACUUUCAGAGGAUGAGGAGCAGCUGAAGAUGACUGGCGCUCUGUGCCCGAACCGCCAGCUUUCCUGGGGUUAAAAACAUUUGGGCUCUUCUGAUUUCCUGGAAGCACUAAAUGCUGAUGAGUUGCGGCCCAUCUGUCUGUCUUCCUAAAACAGUGUGUGAAUAGUUCUGCCAUCUCUUGCUAUUUUAUCUUUCUUUUUGUUACUUUGAUGUAGGCAUGAUAUGUGUACUUUCAGUGGAUGUGUAUUCUUUUUAUGAAAAAUUCUGUACUCUGUAAAAUAAUAAAAAAAAACAGUUUAGAAUAAACUGCACCAGCUCAGUAACUGUAAA